AUGGGUAAAGGAGACGUUAAGAAGGCUGUUAAGUCAGCCAAAGAAGCGAAGAAGGGGAAGAAAGAGGAGAAGGCGGUGAAGACUCCUUCAAAGAAGGAGAUCAAAGAGACCAAGACUAAGGGUAAGGGUAAGGGUAAGAAGGAGGAGGAGCAGAAGGAGGAAAGCGAAAGCGAGUCUAGUGACUCCAGCGAUUCCAGCGAUUCUGAGGGCGAGGAAAACUCUAGCGAUUCCAGCGACUCUAGUGACACCAGUGGUUCUAGCGAUUCCAGCGAUUCUAGCGAUUCCAGUGAUUCUAGCGAUUCUAGCGAUUCGAGCGACUCCAAUGAGUCGUCUAGUUCUAGUGACUCUAGUGAUUCUGACGAUUCGAGCGACUCUGAUAAGGACGAGAGCUCUGACUCCGACUCUGACUCUGAGGAGGAGAAGGAGGAGAAGAAAGACACGAAGAAGGAGAAGAAGGAAAGCAAAGAAGAAAAGAAGGAAGAAAAGAAGGAGAGUUCUGAUUCUGACAGUUCUGAUUCUGACAGUUCCGACACCGACAGUUCUGAAUCCGAGAAUUCUGCUUCUGAUAGUUCCGACUCUGAUAGCUCUGAUUCUUCUGAUUCCGAUAGCUCUGACUCUUCCGACUCCUCUGACUCUGAGGAAGAGAAGGAGGAAAAUGAGGAAAAGAAGGAGAGCUCCAGUAGCGACAGCGACAGUUCUGAUAGCGACAGCUCUGAGUCUGCAUCUGAUGCCUCCGAGUCGCGCAAGAGAAAGGCUGAAGAAGGGCUGGAGACCCCAUCUAAGAAGCCUAAGGAGGUUGCCACUCUGUUUGUCGGAAGACUGGCGUGGGCAGUCGACGACCAGAGACUUUUAGAGGAGUUCCAAUCUUUGGACGGAGUUUUGUCCGCCAGAGUUAUGACCGAGCGGGAAACCGGUCGUUCUAGAGGGUACGGGUACGUUGACUUCGAGUCCAAAGAACAGGCACAGAAAGCUUUGGAACAGUUCCAGGGCAAGGAGAUCGAGGGCAGACCAAUUAAUCUCGACAUGUCGACUUCAAAGCCUCAGACACCGUCCCAGAACCAGAAGUUCCAGGAUAGGGCGAAGAAAUACGGCGACACCCCAUCGCAGCCGUCCGACACACUGUUCAUUGGAAAUCUCUCGUUCCAGGCCGACAGAGACACUCUGAAGGAGUACUUUGAGCAGCACGGUACCGUUUUGGGCAUCAGGAUCCCUACGCACCCUGAGUCCGAGCAACCUAAGGGAUUCGGAUACGUUCAAUUCAGCUCUGUUGACGAGGCCAAGGCAGCUCUGGAGGCCCUGAACGGCGAGUACAUUGCUGGCAGACCUGUGCGUCUGGACUUCAGUGCUCCAAGAGACCCUAACGGAGGCUCUCGUAACGGCACGCCUACGCCUCGCGGCGGCCGUGGAGGAUUUGGUGGCGGACGCGGGGGAGCUCGUGGUGGCUUUGGCAGAGAGCGUUCCAGCGGAAGCGGUGCUAAUUCUGUUCCUGUGUCCUUCAAGGGUAAAAAGAAGACUUUUGACUAA